AUGAUUAAAUAUGGACUGCUUCGGGCUAUUAGGUCUUCCCACUUACAUUUGCUACGGAAUGCUUCGACCAAGCCUUUCUACGUCACAUCUCCUAUCUUUUACGUAAAUGGAAAGCCUCAUUUGGGGCACUUGUAUAGUAUGCUAUUGUGCGAUACUAGAAAUAGGUGGGAAAAGUUGAAUCCGGGUAGAAGUUCCUAUUUCCUUACAGGAACUGAUGAACAUGGUCUUAAGAUUCAAGCGGCAGCCGAAAGUCAAGGUUUGCAUCCAAAGGAGCUCGUUGAUACUGUCUCGAGGAACUUCAUAACGUUGGCUGAAAAGUUAGACUUAAAGUAUGAUAGAUUUAUUAGAACAACAGAUCAAGAUCAUGUUGAAACUGUGCAAGAAUUUUGGAGAAUUAUGUCAGCGAAAGGGUUGAUAUAUGAAGGUAAACACAGUGGUUGGUAUUCCAUUAGUGAUGAGACGUUUUACCCAGAGACACAAAUUGAAAGAGUGAUAGACUCUGAAGGUCGCCAUAAAAUGAUUUCGAAGGAAACACGAAAUGAAGUCAUAAAGCUGGAAGAAAUCAACUAUCGUUUCAAGUUAUCACAAUUUCAGGAUAAGUUGAUUAGUUUUUUAGAAAGUAAUCCGGGCUUUAUUGAACCAAAAUCUAAGUAUAGAGAGCUUUUAGCCGAACUUAAAACUACUAGCCUUCCAGAUUUAUCUGUUUCACGUCCUUCCUCGAGAUUAACAUGGGGAAUAGACGUUCCUGGCGAUCCGUCUCAAAAGAUAUAUGUUUGGUUUGAUGCGUUGAUUAAUUAUAUCACAGCUGCUGGUUUCCCAGGAAAGUUCCAUCCAAAUGGAACUGGUGUCCUAGUUACACCAGAUGAUGCUAUUUGGCCAGCUACUCACGUCAUCGGCAAGGACAUAUUGAGGUUUCAUUGUAUAUACUGGCCUAUUUUCCUUAUUGCGGCUGGCAUAGAGCUUCCUAAGCAGGUUAUUGUACAUUCCCAUUGGUUAUCGGACUCAUUCAAAAUGAGUAAAAGUUUAGGUAAUGUAGUUGACCCUAUUGAAACGUUUGAAUACUAUGGUCAAGACUCGUUGAGGUUUUUUUUGGCCGAGUAUUCCAACAUUGAGACAGACUGCAACUUCAAUGAGCAAAAUUUUUAUUAUACGAGAGAGACUUUAAUUGGCAAGUAUGCCAAUCUUAUGACAAGGUGUGGUGGAAAAUCCUUUAACAUAAAAAAGAGUGUUGAACUUUAUAAAGAAGGAAUGUAUAAUAAUAUUGACCAAAUCUUGCACGAAAGUAAUCUUAGUCAUGUCAAUUCAAAAGACUUGAUAAAUCAAGUUGAAACAUACACUCACUCUUUGAACAACUUGUUUGAUAGAAUGAAUUCAAAAGUUAUGAAAUUCGAUCUCAUGAAAGGUAUUCAAGAAUGGUGGCAAGUCGUUGAACAAGCCAACCAGAUUUUUCAACUGGGAGAACCAUGGGCUUAUUCGAAAUUUUUAAAGGGCUCUGAUUUAGGAGAAGAUAAUAAGAAGAAUUACUACCUUCUUCAAAAUUACUUUGUGUUUCUAGCUUCAGAGGGUUGCCGCAUAUGUUCAAUUCUAAUAAACCCCAUCAUUCCCAGUCUUUCCACCAGUAUUCUAGAUCGUUUAUCGGUUGCUGACUCUCAUAGAAAUGCUGAUUUUUGUAAAAUUGGUCAGGAUCUCAGUUAUGGAGAUAAUGCAAAUUCGAAGAACCAUAAAAUACCUAUCGAACGCAUUCCCAUAAGAUCCAAAAAAGAAUAA